GAGAGGACCAGCAGCAGCCAGACAGUGUGUGUCAGCAGCCACAUGGCUUUAGCCCAGUGUGUGUUAUGACAGCGAGAGAGACUGUGUGUGUGCCAAGGAGAGGCAGUGAUUGAAAGACCCUGACGGCAGGAGAGAGAGAGAGAGAGAGAGAGAGAGAGAGAGAGAGAGAGAGAGAGAGGACACAACAAAGAAAGGAGCUUCCUAUUUGGAUCCCAGUCAGUUUUUUCUCUUUCUUUGUGUUUUUGAGUUGCGUGGCACCAUCAGCAGUGUAUGCUCCCAUCCCAUCUUUAUGAGCAGCAGCAGCAGUGUGUGUUUGUGUAGUUCUGUGGUGUAACCGGACCACCUCACCCAACACACACACCCCCCCACUCCGUCAGGAUCUUAAUGUGUCACAGGGAGCUGUGGACAGCUCAGUGGACAUGGACCGCCUGAACAGGAACAUGCCUGAGUGUGGACGGCAAACCCACCAGGUGUUACAGAGCACUCCUCUGGACCUGAUUGAGAAUGGAAAGGGGCUGAAGUUCCAGGCAGAGCGCCCCCACCUGGUAAGCCUGGGUAGUGGACGACUGAGUACAGCCAUCACCCUGCUGCCUCUGCCUGAGGGCCAGACAACACUAGGUCAUGGUCCCAUGGACAUCAACAUCCAGGGCCCUGGAGUGGCUGCCCAGCACUGCUACAUAGAGAACAGGUCAGGGGUCAUCACGCUGCACCCCUGUGGGAACCCCUGUGCUAUUGACGGGCUCCAGGUCACACAGCCUGUCCGCCUAUCACAAGGCUGUAUGCUGUGUUUUGGCCAGUCAGCCUUCUUCCGCUUCAACCACCCUGAAGAAGCCUACAGGAUGAAGAGCAUGGUGCCCCAGGGAGGAAGUGUCUCCAGCAGGGACUACAGACUAUGCCCAGACACGGAGAGCUUCGUCAAUGGGAAUCACCAGGCCAGUCCAGCCCAGUCUCCUCCAGCUCCUGGAGAGAGAGUGCAGUCUGAGCACAGUGCAAUCGUCAGCUCUAUUGAGAAGGACCUCCAGGACAUCAUGGACUCCCUAGUCAUGGAUGACCCCCAGCCUUCUUCCUCGGAGGGCAAAAAGCCUCCCGGAGGCCAACCCGUUGCCCACUCCCCCCUGUCGCCCAUGGUCAAUGGAGGUGGCCGGUAUCUGCUGUCCCCUCCUACCAGCCCAGGGGCCAUGUCCGUGGGGUCCAGCUAUGACAAUACGUCCCCUCCCUUCUCUCCCCUCUCCUCCCCAUCAGCGGCCAGCAGUGGGAGCUUUACAAGCCCGUCUCCUAGUGGAGGACCCCAGGACCAGAGUUCUUCUCUGCCGCCAGUGCCUGUACGUACCUCCAGCUACAACUUCACCACCCAGCCUCCGCCUGUACCCCAGCCACGGACCAUACUGCCUAACUUCAGCAGCGGUGGGGUGGGCCACAAGGUUCAGGAAAGCCCCAGGCUGCAGAGGAAGGUUUUAACAGAGGCUCCUCCAAGCCCUAAGCCAAGCCGCAGAGGACUAGGCCAAGAUGGGUCUGAGAGCCCCCGGUUGACUCUUCUGUCCUCUAAUGAAUCUCUCAGUAGUAGAAACGUAGUGCCAAGUAGCCCCAGACUCACUCCCAAAUUCCCUAGCUGUCCAUCCCCAUCUCCCUCUAGUCCCAGGACCAAGACAACCACAGUGCUCCAGGAAAGACCUGCCAGCCCUUUCAGAGAGCAGACCAGUCUAGCUGAUAGUGCCAUAACCUCCAGCCCCUCCAGGCAGUUUUCCCAACCCACCAGAGCCUUCCAGCCUCCCUUGGACCCCAUCGUCCACAUCAUCCAAGGAUCGCCGCUUCAGCAGCAUCCACGUUCGCUGCAGCCCCCUGAAAGCCCUCGCACGGUCAGGAGAAACAUGGAGCUGAAUGGCGGCAGUGGAGGGGGCAGCAGUAUGAGAGAGCUGCCACCUCUUAGCCCCUCCAUGGCUCGGAGAGGGGUCCCGGUACUCCCAGGGGCGCUUCCAGGGACAAUUCCCACCUUGAGAACUCCAGAAAGCCCCACAAGUCUGGGCAAGCUUAUCCCAGAGAGUCCCAGGCUCCGACGCAAGAGCGGAUCUACAUCCGAGGAGCCGACAUGCAGCAGGGGGAUCCGAGCCCGGAGUCCAUCGCCUACCUCUAUUAUGAUGGAGGGUGGCGGUGCGGGAGUACGGAAGGCGAGCUUUGGGAAUUCCCUGUCACCCGCUUACAGUCUGGGCUCUCUGCCUGGCUCGUCCCCCGUAGCCAGUCCCAGGACCCAAAGGAAGAUGUCCGCAGGGAGACCCCACCCCGGGAUGAGGGAGAGAAAGAACAGCAUCACAGAGAUCAGCGACAACGAGGACGAGCUGCUGGAGUACCACCGACGACAGAGAGAGGAGAGGCUUCGAGAGCAGGAAAUGGAGAGACUGGAGAGACAGCGACUUGAGACCAUCCUAAACCUCUGUGCUGAAUACAACAAAGGAGAGAGCACCGGCCUGGACCCUCUGGGCUCAGGGAGGACAGGUUUCCCCGGGGGACUGGCAGACGGCUCGGGGCGGAGACCAUCCAUGGAGAAUGUCCUAGGAGGGACACCGUCCUCAGCCACCCUCCGCCUGCUGCAGAGACAGAGAGAGAGCGAUGAGGAGAACCUGAAGGAGGAGUGUAGUAGUACAGAGAGCACUCAUCAGGAGGUGAGGACAUCCCCUGCUCUCAGCACAGCAUCAACACUGCACAAUGGAGACAGACAGCACGAGGACUCUUCCAGUUCAGGCAGCGCAGGUCGUCUGGAGCUGGGUUACCUGGAAGACGAGCGGGUUCGUGUUCUCUCUCGAAUCGAUGAGCUGAAAAGCCGGCUGACGGAGCUAGAGCAACAACUCCAGGAGUCCAAGCAAGAGGCGGAGAUGGAGCGUGCCUUGCUGCAGGGUGAGAGGCAGGCGGAGCUCGACCAGAUAGAGGCUGAAACGGACAUCAUCACUCAGCUGCAGCGCAAGCUGGACGAGCUGGAGAGCACCAUCCAGAGGGAGAAAGACAAGGAGAGGGCUAAUGUUGAGGCCGAGCGCCGGGCCCUGCAGAGCCUCCAGGAGGGCUACGCUGAGUUGGAGAACCAGCUUCAUAACUGUCCCGAGUCCCUGCGGGAACAGUUGCAGGAACAGCUCAAAAGGGACGGAGAGGCGCUGGAAACAGGAACCAAGAAGUUUGAGGACUUGGAAUUUCAGCAGCUGGAGAGAGAAAGCAGCCUGGAGGAGGAAAGAGAAACCAUCAGCCAGCAGCUGCUCCAGGAGAGAGCCGAGUACCACAGCAGUGUGGCCAGGAGGAAGGAGAAGGUGUCUUCUCUGGAGAACCAGGCCCACCAGCUUGGACUGCAGGCAUCUCAGGAGUGCGAGCGGCUGGCCAAAGACCGGACCCUCACACUACAAAUGCUCCAAAAGGAGAAGGAGAGGCUGUCAGCCCUGGAGAAGAGAUACCACAGCCUGACGGGUGGAAAGAUCUUCCCCAAGUCCUGUUCUGCUAUGAGAGAAGACGCGCUCCGUAUCAGCGAGGCUGACCUGUUGUUGGAGGAUGUCCACUCCUCCCAGCAUUCCCUCUGUCGAGCCUCUCCUUCCUACUUACAUCCCUCCCCUCUCUGUCAGUUGUACCCCAGCAGCCCUACGGAGGAGUACAUGAAGCUGUCAGAUGUCUAUAAGAUGUACGGCAGCAGCGGCCUCCAUGAAAACAGCAAGCCCGCCUCUCACGGCCGCUCGUUUGCCAUAGAUGCUGCAUUAGCUGGCCCCUGCGAGGAGUAUGUGACAGUGGGCCAGCUAAAUCAGAUGUAUGGGAUGCCAAAGGUGGAGUCGUCCCCUACUUCCCCGCUUCGCCAGCCCCUGCAGUCUGGAGCAGUAGACCCCGCCUUCUCCUGCCUCCCCUAUCCUCACGGCUCCUCCCUCUCUCUUUCUGUGGAGUACCAGUCUGAGGGUAGUAGGCCUCACCUCCCCAAGCUAGAUUUAGAGCAGUGGUACCAGGAGCUGAUGACUGGCUCUGGCCAGCUCUGUCCUUCUCUGCCAGCCAAAUCACUGUCAGGCCGCAGGCCUAUGCUGCAGGUGUUCCGCUCUAAGCUGGACAGUGAUCCAGGCCUCUCUCUUCAUCAACCUAAAUCAGGCUCUGCAUCCCCUCUGCAGCACGGCGCAGCAACACUGGGACGCAACUACAGCUCAAAGCAGAGCCCCCUGCUGGCGGCCAACAGCACUGGCAGUCUGCCCAGGAACCUUGCUGCAACCCUGCAGGACAUUGAGACCAAGAGACAGCUGGCUCUUCAGCAAAAAGGUCAGCAGGUGAUCGAUGAGCAGCGUCGCCGUCUGGCCGAGCUCAAACAGAGAGCAGCGGUGGAGGCUCAGUGUCAGUGGGAGGCACUCCACGGCUCUCAGUCCCACCUCAUGACUUCGACCUCCUCAUCGCCCUGCUACUCCCCGAUCAUGGCCUACAGCCCUGCGCUGAGCCACAGCUCUGUAGGCCCCCCCCCUCUGGUUCACCACUCCAUCCUGCACCACCAGCCCCCGUCAGCUGGCGAGCAGCCCUACGACACCCUGAGCCUGGAGAGCUCCGACAGCAUGGACACCAGCGUGUCCACAGGGAACAACUCGGCUUGCUCACCAGAUAACAUGUCCAGUGUCGGAGGAGUGGACUCGCUGAAGAUUGAAGAGAUGGAGAAAAUGCUGAAGGAGGCGCAGCUGGAGAAAGCUAGACUUAUUGAAUCGCGGGAACGAGAGAGCCUGGCUCGGCGUCAGAUGCUGGAGGAGGAAAGGAGAAGGAGGGAGGAUGCGGAGAAAAGACUGCAGGAUGAAACCUUCCACCGGCAGCAGCUAGUGGAGAGGGAGGUCAAGAUGAGGUCCAAGAACUUCUCUCAGGCCCGUCCUAUGACUCGCUACCUUCCCAUUCGGAAGGAGGAGUUUGACCUGCGCUGCCAUGUCGAGUCGUCGGGCCACAGCGUGGAGACGUGCUACCACGUCAUCCUCACAGAGAAGAUGUGCAAGGGCUACUUGGUGAAGAUGGGGGGCAAGAUCAAGUCCUGGAAGAAGCGCUGGUUCGUCUUCGAUCGCCUGAAAAGGACCUUCUCCUACUAUGUUGACAAACAUGAGACCAAGCUGAAGGGUGUGAUCUACUUCCAGGCAAUAGAAGAGGUCUAUUAUGAUCACCUCCGCAGUGCCACAAAGAAGGGAUUUUUCAACUUGAAUAUGACCAGUAGCCCGAACCCCUCCCUGACUUUCUGCGUUAAGACCCACGACCGGCUCUACUACAUGGUGGCCCCCGCAGCAGAGGCCAUGAGGAUCUGGAUGGAUGUGAUCGUCACGGGAGCCGAGGGUUACACGCAGUUUAUGAACUGAGAGAGACAGUGCAUCUGUGACGAGCAGAUAGUUUCGUCAGGGACUCUCCCAUCACAGACUCUACAGGCCCUUCCUGUUUCCAGUCCACAGCGGACACAACGCCUUGUUUGUUACUUUUCGUUUUUAAUCUCACACUUUGAUUUUACUAUGUAGAUGUCUUCACCUCCACAUUUUCUACGUGAGUCAGUUUGGAUUGAAAAAAGGGAGCCCUUGGAGGACACACAUCUGUAUAUAAACCAAAAUGUAUACCUGUCAAAGACUUUUAAAAAGCCUUUCUAUAUUGCCAAAUGGAGAUCUUGUAGUUACUGUUUGUUGAACCUUUUGUAUUAUUUGUUUCCUUUCUUUAUUUUUUUUUACUUAUAGAGAAAAUUGCCAAAUGACAUAAUGCCAAUGUUUUGUUUGAGUGUUCCAUCAUGACUAUGCUCAGUUUAGACAGAAAGAGUAUAAAAUAAUCGUAAUUCAUAGGGUUAAUCAAUUUAGAAAUAUAUUUGAAAGAAUCUUAUUCAAAAUGUGUGAAUGAGAAAAAAUAGAAAUCAGUCAACAGGGACUGGAGAUGAUCUAAGAGUCCAGACUAACCGUGAAACACAGUAAAACAUUGCACCCAGUCCACAAGUCACUACACCUCAGUGCUGCUCUUAGACUAACUAACUCUAAAUCUACAGCACAUUAAGUUACAUCCUAGUCAUAUUACUUCACAUAGGCUGACCAAAGUAAUUGGAGCUAUUUUGUUAAGACUUUGACCCACUACAGCUCAGGAGUUCACUCUGCGGUUCGCACUAUGGUUCAACCAAUACAGGGUUUGAAAAGCUGUUACUGAUAUUAUUAUUGUGAGCUGCUCAUAAACAUUAUUUUGUGCAGUAUUUAGAAUAUAAAAAAUAUUACGAAAUAAAAACCUCUACUUAACGCAGAAUAAUGAAAUAACUUAAGGAUCCGCACAUUAGUUUGACUUUCUGGGAAAUCUAUUUAUUUCCAUCUAGCUAUAAUUCUAAACAUGAAGCUAGAGCUAGGAUGUGGUUAGCUUAGCAUAAAGACUGGAAGCAGGGGGAAACGGCUAGCCGUGGCUCUGUCCAAAGGUAAAAAUAUCUUCUUACCAGCACUUCUAAAGCUCACUAAUGAAAAUUAUAUAUCUAAUUUGUUUAAUCGCCCAGUGAAUUUUACCAAAGCUAAACUAAGCUUACAGGUUCCUGGCUCUAGUUUUAUUCUCUAAGCUCUAGCUGAUUUUUUUUCAAUUGAUACCACUCUCAUAUCUGUAUGCUAAAUAAGAAGCUACUGCCAGCAGCCGGUUAGUUUAGCUUAGCAUUAAGACUGGGAGACAGCUAGCCUAGGUACGUUCCAAUACUCACUAAUUCAUAUGUUGUAUCUUGUGUAAUUGAUAGGUAUCUUUCGACAGAGACAGGCUAGCCUCUUGCCCCUUGCUUCUAGUCUUUAUGCUAGGCUAAGCUAACUGACACCUGACCAUAACUUUAAAUUUAGCAUACAGACAGGCAUGAAGUAAAUAAGCGGGUUUCCCCCAGAUCCCCAUAAUUCUUAAGAAGGAACGUCCAUCUGCUUCCAGCCGUUGUGCUAAGCUAGGCUGUACAAGCCAGGCUCAACAUGCCUUUAAAGAAUUUCCAAAUUAAAAUUUUUUUUUUAUGUAAGGAUCAAAAUCAGUUGGAGGACACUCACCGGAUGAUAUCCAACUCUCAGUUGACUCUCCACAAGCCCAGUGUAUUGAUCUAACCACAGCUGCCACAUUCUCAGUGUACAUGUAAAUAUGUUGAACAUUAUCUCACUGUCUCUGUACGAUGCCGCCAUGUUGCCAGGUACAAACUGCAUAUCCAUGUGUGCACAGCUACAAACAGAAAAUAUCAUCUAUUUGCCAAGUAGCCUUUAGCUAACUUGAUGAUGCGACAACACAGCUGGGAAGCAGCCAUCAUCACUGCCAGCCUAAAGCAGCCACCACUAGAGUGCGCUACAGAGACCACACAGGAUCAACGAUACGGACUAAUGCAAUUCUCAACUGUGCCUUGACUAUGUGUUGUUGUGGAUCCCGUGUCUGUGAGUCCAGCAGAGCCUCGCUGGAAGGCUACAAUCGUAUGAACGCAUUUAAAUUAGUUUCUGAGCUCUAAUGCAGUACAGGUUCACAUGAGGGGACGUCUGCCUGUAGCCUCAUUACAAAUACUGAAGGCCCUGAACACAGUGGGGAUCAGCUAGUUCACUGUCAUUAUUUAAACUUAACUUAAACUUCUUCUGUUAUUAAAGGAGCACUCCCCUAGUUUUUCAGUUCACUGUUCUCGUAGGCUGAGUAGAGAACAGUUGUAUAAUGUCUUCUAAUGUCUUUGUUGAGUGUGUCAUCAUUGAGCUUGGAGACUACAAACUCAUAACGGAAAGACUGUGUUACAAACUGGGGGCAUGGAGUUUGUGUGUUUACCAGUUAGUGAGAGUCUAAUAAAAGACACUGGUUGCAUUAUGGGAAAUUGACUCAUAAGAGAGUAAAAGUCGAGAUGUCUCAACCACUGCUGCGUCAAGUUGUCUCGGUUCCCCCAACUUGCGAUACUAAAUAGCUGGGGUGCUCCUUUAAAUUUUAACCAAUCAAAGGUGCAGAAAAAAGCUUGUGUUUAGUGUGUGCAAAAAGAGUUUGAACUCAGACAAAUGUCGCCAUUAUUUUUGCACAUUCAGUAGCAGGGUUAACUCAUCACAACUUAGUUUGCCAACUUUUUAUUUGCUAAAAUGUUCAGGCAUUGGCUUUAAUGUUCAGUUCAGAUUAUACUGUAUAUCAUGCAAAGCAUUCUUCACAAUUAUGGAUUCUUACAUGUAAAAAUAAAUGGUAAUAUGAGACUAUAUACCCUAUGGAAAUGUGGUUCUAAAAUCAAUACUUAUUGAUUGUAGCCGUAUUAUUCAAAAAAUCUGUUUACUACAUUUUUAAUUUAAUACCACAACUCUGAAUUCCAACAGUGAUAAAAUCUUGACUCCCUGCUUUAAAUCCCCACUGUGAGCGGAGGCCUGCGUGCAUGAGGGUGGAUGAAGAAAUGGUGUACUUCAGCUUUAACAGACUGUAACUGACCAGGCUCGCCUGGUGUCUUUGUCGUCAAGUGUUUAUCAUCACAUUGUGAGUGUAUUGAUUGGCUGUGAACAUGACCAUUUGUAGUUAGCAGACGCCGGAUGCCGUUGUCAGUUUUGUAGAAACAGAGUACAAAACUACGCUGUGAUUUUCGGAGCAUGUGGAACUGUUGUUUAGUUUCAUGUGUUGGUACGGUGAUGAUAAUUUAUAGUUGUGGUGCCUGAAAUAGUGACACGUUUACUUAAAAAAAAAAAACAGACUAGUGAAAAGACCUUAAUAUAUUCUGUCCCCCUUGCCUUUACUUUCCCUGCACAGUUAACAUGUGCAAACCAAACUAUUCAACACUGGCAAGGCUGUUAAAUCAUGUCUGUUGAUAGUAGGUGGUAUAUACAUUACUGUUAUCUAUGUUGAUUAGAAAGGAAACUAAAUAUAAUGUAAACCGGAUGCCCAAAUGAAAAAAAUAUCUUGCUAUUGAAAAGAGAUGAAACAGUAUUGUAUGAAAAGAAGUACACUUUUUACUUAUUUUUGUCAUUUUAGAAAUUUUAUUGUCAGUUACAUUUCAAAUUGUAUGGUAGUGAUGUAUCAGUCUACCUUUUUUUAUUUUUAUUUACUGGUACAGCAGAACACACACUCACACACAUAACUCACCAAGCAUUCAUGAGACUGUACUUUUUUUUUCGAGAAAGUAGAUCCUGUUUCACACACAGACACACACACACACACACACUCACAAUCAAUACUUGUACCAUACUGUGUUAUUGGUACCCUGUAUGUCUCAUGCGUUACUUUCACGUAUGAUUAAUAUGGAUUUUGUCAAAUCUAUUAAAAACAGAACUAUUACA